CCGGGUUCCUACCAACACACAAUCCGGGGCCUCCCUCUCAUCAGCGUAUAACACAAUUACAAACGCCUCUCACGGUCUCUCGUCACUUUCAUACCCAUCCAUUCUCUCUCUCCGAAACAAACACCCGAAUAAUCAGCUACGGAGGGCUGACCGGCUGAGACGAGGAGGAGAAAAGCAAAGCCUGUUGCUGGGAACGAGGAGGAAGCUGUUGGCAAAGUGAAGUGAGAGUAGAAGAGACGGAGGCGACCGCCGAGGAGGAAGGAUACUACUCGGAGGCGGGGACUCCGGCGGAGCGGCUUCCCGGCAGGGAAAGGGAAGGAAACAAGAGGGAUAUCAGAUCGAUGGCCGCGUCGUCGGUGCCGCCGGCCUCCACGGGCUCCGUGAUCACCGUGGCCUCACCGCCCACGGGCGGCUCGGCCUCCGGCGGCGCGGGCUCGCCGUGCGCCGCCUGCAAGUUCCUCCGGCGCAAGUGCCAGCCGGACUGCGUGUUCGCGCCCUACUUCCCGCCGGACAACCCGCAGAAGUUUGUGCACGUGCACCGCGUGUUCGGCGCCAGCAACGUCACCAAGAUCCUCAACGAGCUCCACCCCUACCAGCGCGAGGACGCCGUCAACUCGCUCGCCUACGAGGCCGACAUGCGCCUCCGCGACCCCGUCUACGGCUGCGUCGGCGUCAUCUCCAUCCUCCAGCAUCGCCUCCGCCAGGUCCAGCAGGAGCUCGCCCGGGCCAGCUACGAGCUGUCCAAGUACCAGGCGGCGGCCUCGGCCUCCGUGGCCGUGGGAUCCAAUGGUGCGGCGGCGGCGGCGGGGAUGGUGGAUUUCGUCGGAAACCCGGUGCCCAACUGCACGCAGAACUUCAUCAACGGCCACUCCACGGCGGCGGCGAUCGGCGGCGCCGGCUUCGCGCACCCGGCCGACCACUUUGCCUCCGUGCAGAUGAUGCUGGCAAGGAGCUACGAUGGAGAAGCUGCGGCCGCGAGGCUGGGCAUGAACGGAGGAGGAGCAGGAGGCGGCGGCUACGGUUUCGGGUACUCAUCGGGCAUGGGCGCCGGGCAUGGUGUGGUGUCUGGCCUUGGGCAGGUCGGCAGCGGCGGGCAGUUCUUGAAGCCCGGCACGGCCGGAGGGGACGAGCAGCCCACCGCCGCGCAGUAGUGGAUCGGAGCAUCUAGUCUUUGUCAGGCUAUUACUUACGAAGGAAAGAUCCAGAUGCUAAGUUAACUACUUGAGGACGUGGAGACUAAAUUAAGUGCAAGAUGAAAAAAAAGUCUAGCAUCCUUUAUAAUAGAGAUGGUAAACAGAAAAUUCUUAUUUCGUAUUGUUUGUUGGAAGUGUUGAUGAGAUGGUAAACAGAAAAUUCUUAUUUCGUAUUGUUUGUUGGAAGUGUUGAUGUCAUUCGCGUAGUCGACUUGAGCAGUGCUCCAUGUUUGUGUUUGUAUUAUGUUGUUACUUUAUUGUCUCUGGAUGUACUUGUACAUGGAGCUCUGACAUUAAUAUAGUGAAAAUAAUAUAAAGUUAAGUUUAUUUUAU